AUGUCGAAACUACUGUACCUAAAUUCUCUGGUGAUGGUGAUCUGGAUUCGUGAGCUGGAGAAAGCAGCAAGAGUGUAUGUACUGAGUGAUGCCCAAUGUUGGUCGUUGGGCAACCGACUGCUGGAGGGAUCUGCUAUAGCAUACAUGACAUAUGAAAAGACUACAACCUGGAGCAAGCUGAAGGAUGCCCUUGUGAAGUAUUGUACUUUUCUGAACGAAUUGCGAGAGAAGAUUAUGCGUUUUCAGACAGUUCAGCCACCAGGCAAAAACUACGUUCCUCAGGCUCGGCAGACUUCAGACCAUGCGCAGUCCAUUACGCCUGCUGCAAAGGAGAAGAGAUGUUUCAAUUGCCGCCAGAUUGGUCACUUAAUGUUUGACUGUCCACGCCCGGAGAGACCAAAAGGAAGUUGCUAUCGGUGCUUCAAAGUGGGCCAUCAGUACCGGAAUUGUCCAAUGCGAACCCAGAUCGUCGCCAUGAGCACUAGUGAAGACCCGGACACCAUUGAUGAUAAGUCAUUUAUUCAAUUAAUUCCGGAAGCCCAGUAAGUUUUGCC